GAUGACACUCUUUUAGCCAUUUCAUCCAUUUUCAUGACCAAAACAGACCAACAAAUUUAGGGAAAAUGUCAAUAGCUUCACUCCAAUACAUAAGAAUCACAGAUUCAUCUUCAAAUCCAUCAUCACCAUCAUCAUCAACUGCUGGUGGAUUUAGAUCUUGUGCAAGCAAGCGAUCUGUAGUUACCAUAAGAUGCUCUCAGACUGAUGGCCCUUUGAGAAGACCCUCCAUUGCUACCCCACCAGUAAGACCUGCACCUCUCACACCACCAUCAUCACCACCACCACCACCACCGGAUACGACGGCGGUUGUUGGUCAGAAUGUAGUGACGAUGGAGUUUCAGAGACAGAAGGCGAAAGAGCUUCAGGAGUAUUUUAAGCAAAAGAAGCUUGAAGAUGCUGCUAAUCAAGGCCCUUUCUUUGGAUUUAUUGGCAAAAACGAAAUCUCCAAUGGCAGAUGGGCGAUGUUCGGAUUCGCAGUUGGGAUGUUAACCGAGUAUGCAACUGGAUCAGACUUUGUCGAUCAAGUGAAGAUCCUGCUCUCCAACUUCGGAAUCGUAGAUCUCGAAUGAUUUCUUUCUACAUGUUACAACUCUCUUUCUUUCGCAAGUUACUUUUACUUGUUGCAUUUUACAUAUAUUCCUCCGUGUUAAGUUAUAAGAAAUUCAAUCGUCUCGUGUACAUCCAAGAUUGCACCCUUCACUCUCAACAGAAAAAUACACACGAAUUUUG